AUGUCAAGCAGUAGCAACUUCUUCAAACCUGCUGCAACACCCUUGGACCUGGAUUCGCUUCCGGAUUUCAUGCAGUCUCCAAACCAGCAGGUCAAGUUCCACAGUGCUUUCCCACCGCUCACAACAAAGGUCCGGGUACGUGGUGUCAUGGAAAGAGCAGGCUUUGAUGUUUACAAGCCUGAAAAAGAUAGAAGCAUCUCGUCUGGCACACGAUCACCGCGGUUGAAUGACUUGUAUCAUGGGGACAACGGCCAGUUCCACCCGCCAAACAGGCUCCAUUCAAACAGAUCCUCAUCGUCGUCACAGAAAUCACCAAACCGAGUACCCCUUAGAUCGUACUCGCACAACCAGAUGAGGACAGAAAAUACAUCGUCUAGGUCGACUACAGAGUAUAGAUCAAAUGCCAGCGAUAACCACGAAGCGGGUGAGCGGUUCAAAAACCCUUCUGGGAAAACUAGAAACUUCACAACCAACCCUUCGAACAACUCAACUCCAAACUUGGCCCACGGGUUUGACAAGUCAACUUCAUCGACACACUCCCCGGUCGAUUCUUCCUCGUCUCCAUCGUCAGAGAUCAAGAAGAAAAAUAGUAUUCUAAGCUAUGCUCGUCAAAGAUUGAAUUUGCAUACUGCUAAACAGAACCAAACCGUUCCAACAGCUUCCCCCCUUCAACAAAAUAAUUAUUCAUCAAAGGAAAAAACAUACCCAGAGCCGGUUGUUCCAAACUUAACACUAUCAGAUACACCUCGACAUACCAUCGAUUCUGACUUGGAGUAUAAUCCAACUGAUAGAGUAAAGCUUGAACCAACUGCCACACUUGCAUAUAAAUCAGAAGCUGAAGGUGAUUUCAUGUCACCACCGGAGGACAUCUGGGUGGAAGGAAGCAAACGUGUUCAUCACGGCGCUGCAGAUGAAUUGUACAGCCGACAGGUUCCCCAAGUUAACGGUCCAAGGCCAUACUACGAUUCAGAGUCAGAUCCCAACAUGGAGGAGCACACAGACAUCCCUCUUAACUUUGGAAACAAUCAGCAUCCGGGUGGGGUACCAUCAGCCUCACAAUAUGCUUUUACAAAUCCAGAUAUAGUCGUAUCCCAACCUGACGGACAGAAUAUCGACGUAUAUGCUGAUGAUUCACGGUCUUAUACCAAGUUGAGUGCCCCAGAACAAAGUAAUUCAAGGAGUCUAGUACCAGGGUCUCCCGCAAAAUCCUUCAAGUCCGAAAGCUCGGUCGAGUCAUUUGAUGAGAAGUUUAUGUUACAUGGCAAUGACAAAGAAGAAGAUUAUACAGGGGAUCUGUCUCAGGAAACUUUGGGAGGAUUAGGCGGCUUGAGAAAAACAAUUCAAUCGACCGAAAGUGAAGGCAUGCUACCGGUAGUACCUAACAUGAAAAAUAUAUAUAACCAGGACAACAAAAGAAUAAGUACCUUGGGGACCAAUGACAUGAAAAUUUACAAUCUUCAAAGUUUUGAUUCUGAAGACACUGAUGAUCAGCAGGAACUGCAGGUGGUGAACGACAAUGUAGUUGAUUUCAACCAGAUAAACGAGAUGAGCGUGAUUCAAGAAGGAGAAUCAGAAGACCGUAAGUCGUCACUGGACAUGAACGAUCCUUACAGAUCAAAUGUACCUUCAGAGAUAUCAAAAGUUCUUCCAGAUUCUAGUGUGGCUAGAAUUCCUAUCUUGACUAUUAAUCGUGACUCAUCAAGUGAAGAUCACGAUAUAGCUUCAUUCAAGGAUGCUGAACAGGGGGAUUAUGAUCAUGAGGACGGUUUAUUUGAAGCAGGAAAACCUUCAGUUGCAGGUUUCACCGGACAUAGUGCAAACAUCGUUGAUACACCUAGCUCUUCGCUCAACCCAUUUCUUCCUGACUCCGAAACUCCUCAACCUAAGGCUUUGAAUGCCAAUGGCAUUUCUGAUUUGAUUAAUGAUAUAGAUAAUUUUGGACUUGCUUCAGGUGGGCCAAAUGAGGAAGCUGAAGAUUAUCGGGAUGCUGAUGUAUCGGGAGAACACUACGAUACCUCGCAACAAACAAUGGGAAGUUUCGAAAUUCCACCACGUCAUUUUGAAAUCCAACAAUUGCAACCACAUCAACACCAACACCCGCACUCUCACUCUUCUGCAGCAUCGACUUCAGAUACGGAAGCUGCUCACGCAAGCCAUCAUCCAUAUGCUUCACUUUCACACAAUAGCAACACACCAUCCUUUGGUAGCACUCCUCUGCAGAUGUCAUCUGGCUUCACCACUCCAGAUAAAGAUAUCAAUUUUGAAGAAAGCAAAGCAAGUUUUAUUACUGCUCAUAAAGAGCUGUACUAUCCUCCUGGGGAAGGACCUUGCCGUAAAUGUGGGGACAUCAUUUUGGACAGCGAAAAGAAGAUUUGGUCCAAGGACAACCAACUAUCAGGACAAUGGCACAGAUCGUGCUUUGGGUGCCAUAAGUGUGGUUCUAAAUUCAAUAAGGGUAGCUCAUGUUAUGUGUAUGGCGAUCAACCAUAUUGCGAGCGCCAUUUUCACGAACUGAAUGGAUCAUUGUGUUGGAUUUGUAAUAAGGGUGUUGAAGGUGAAUGCCUGCAGAACGAGAUCAAUGAGGUGUUCCACAUCGACUGUCUCAAAUGCGUCAUUUGUGGGUUGAAUGUGGAAGGUGACUAUUUCAUAUUCCGGGACGAGGUGAUGUGUGAGACCGAUGCAAAGGAGUUGAUGUAUCAGAUUGAAGAGGCCGAGAAGGAAUACCAGGGCAAGGAUGUCGAAAAAAUGAUCAAAAGAAGAACUAGAGUUUUAUACUUGUAG